AUGAACUUACUAAAUAAUUGUGAUGAGGUUUCAUCUUCAUCAUCAAAGACAACCAACAACUUUAAUAAUCUAAUAAAUUCAACCACAACAGAACCAUCUCAAACCCAACUGACAUCAUCAUCAACAACUACGACGUCUGUAUCUACAACACAUUAUUUACCAGACACCAUAUACUCAUCACAUACCAAAUCAACUAUAAUAAGUAAAACCCCUUCAGACUUCAUUCAAACACAACCGUCAUCCCCAGAAGCAACCUCAUCAAUACAAACAAUAUCUAAUCAAAUCACAGAUGACCUACCUAAUCAAGAAGUUUCUGUUGUGACGCCAUUUUUAGUAAAACAUAUUAGUGACGCCAAUAUGAUCCCUAAGGAUAAUUUCCAUAAAUAUUGUUAUCGUCAUAAUCCUGAUAUUACUUGCAAUAAACAUACUGAUGAAGUUCGAAUGAAAUUGAUUCAAGAUCAGUUGGAUAAAUUACCUAAUGGUGAUCAACAAGCAAUAACUCAUGUAUGGUCAAUUUUCAGUGCCGCACCAGUACAACAUCGUCAAUUAAUAUUACAAGGAUUAUUAAGUCAAUGUUGUUUCCCCCAAUUAUCAUUUAUUUCCCAAGAAGUUUCUUCAUUGAUUAAAAUUGAUUUUAUAUCGACUUUACCCCAAGAAAUAUCCCUUAAAAUCUUAUGUUAUUUGGACUGUCGAUCAUUAUGUAAUGCUGCCCAAGUUUCUCGUAAAUGGAAAAGUUUAGCUGAUGAUGAUAGAGUAUGGCAUUAUAUGUGUCAACAACAUAUUGAUAGAAAAUGUCCAAAUUGUGGUUGGGGAUUACCUUUGAUGCAUAUGAAAAGAGCUCGUGAAAUGACUGAUGAUGAUAAUAUUAAACCUAUAAAAAGAAAUGACGAACAACAGCAACAGCAACAGCAACAACAACCACAACAAGGGUCAUCACAAUCACAAGUGUUGGAUGCAGAGGGACAACCAGACAAGAAAAAAUUAAAACUUGAUACACCAGAAGAUAACCACAAAAAAACUAUACCUCCAUCAGUUGUAGUGAAAAAGCGUCCAUGGAAAUCAGUUUAUUCUGAAAGAUUCAAAUUAGAGAAAAAUUGGCGUAAAGGAACUCAUACAAUUAAAACAUUUACUGGACAUAGUGACGGAGUUACAUGUUUACAAUUUAAUCGGAAAUAUCUUAUGACAGGAUCAUAUGAUACAACAAUAAAAAUAUGGAAGAUUGAUAGUGGUGAAUGUGUUAAAACAUUAACUGGUCAUACCAAAGGAGUUAGAGCAUUAGUUUUUGAUAAUCAAAAAUUAAUUACUGGUGGAUUAGAUUCAACAAUUAAAGUAUGGAAUUAUCAUACGGGACAAUGUAUUGCCACUUAUCGAGGACAUGAUGAUGCUGUUAUUGCAGUUGAUUUUACCAAUAAAUCCAUUGUAUCAGGAUCAGCUGAUCAUACGGUUAGAGUAUGGCAUGUUGAUUCAAGAACUUGCUAUACAUUGAGAGGUCAUACUGAUUGGGUCAAUCAUGUCAAAAUUCAUCUGGCUUCAAAUACUAUUUUUAGUGCUAGUGAUGAUACAACAGUUAGAAUGUGGGAUAUGAAUAGUAAUCAAUGUAUCAAAGUUUUCGGGGGUAUGGAAAAUAAUGGUCAUAUAGGACAAGUUCAAUGUAUUAUUCCUUUUACUUAUAAAGAAGAAUUAAUAGAAGAUGAAAGUGAAAGUGAUUCUGAAAAUAAUCAACAUUCAGCAGCUGCCACCACCACAACAUUAGGAAACAGCAAUAUAUCAUUAUCAAACGAUGAAGCAACAAUUAAUAGAACCACAUUCACUUCCCAUAACAACAAUACUGCAACAAGUACUAAUUCAUAUCCUACACAUUUCUUAACUUCUGCAUUAGAUAAUACCAUCAAAUUAUGGGAUGUUGCCACGGGAAAAUGUAUAAGAACUCAAUUUGGUCAUAUUGAAGGAGUUUGGUCUAUUGCUGCCGAUACAUUUAGAAUCAUUAGUGGUGCUCAUGAUCGAUUAAUUAAAGUAUGGGAUUUACAAAAUGGAAAAUGUUUACAUACAUUUACUAAUAAUCUGAGCGUUUCAUGUGUUGGAUUAAGUGAUUCAAGAUUUGUUGCUGGUUUAGAAAAUGGAGAAGUUAAAAUGUAUUGUUUUGAUUGA